CUCGAACUCAACCAACCACCACGUCGUCCGCACUUUCAUUGACUUUUUUUUUGCUCUGUGAAUUGCAAACCCGACAACUAUCGCAGCCUUCUCAUUGAAUAUCGAGUACUCGCGAGUCUUUUGAAUACAUACCUCUCCAAGCUAUUUAUCGAUCUUGCUAAAGCACCCAUGCGUGAACGACGAAAAGCUGUUCUUCAAGAUAAGACACCGGGUAACACGCCCCAGAGAGUCAAGGUUCACAAGACUCCGAAGGAGGCUCAUGGCAGCAGUACUAUUCCUCGCAAACCGCUGGGCGAGCUCCCACUACCCGUGGAAGCUACUCCGUACGUCACAGACGAGGCAGUUCUUCAAGACAGGACACCUGGCAGCACGCCCCGGCCAGUCAAGGCCUAUAAGACUACGAAGGAGGCUCAUGACAGCAGUAUUGUUCCUCGCAAACCACUGGGCGAGCUCCCACUACCUGUGGAGGCUACUUCGUACGUCACAGACGAGAAUGGCAAUCCCCAUCUUGUCCCUCCGUCUCCAAGACCCGUCCAUGUGCAUGACGUUUACGCACCUUCCGACUCUGGGUCUGAAUUUGACGCGACGGCAAGCCCGUCCCCGGUCAAGUUCCGCAAGCCAUUGAGCUCGCUCAAACUGCCGUCCGGCGUGCCAUUGUAUGGCCGCGGCGAGAGUAAGACCCCAUCUUUCGUCCCGCCAACCCCGAAGCCCGUGCAUGUGCGCACGCUGCUGGAACCUGCCAACACGGAGGAUGUACCGGAAAGCCCGACACCUGUCAUGUCAAGUGCUACGCCCCUACUAGCACAGUCCACUCCGCUUGGCUUCAGACGCCGCAGACCCAGGCUGCCGCUGCACAAGAUGCCCAUUCGCAUUCCAGAGCAGCAUCAGCCGGCGGUAGCCAGCGCUUCACGCGCAAGGUUCGAGCGAGAGCGCUCGCCUCUUCCUCCUUCCUCUCCGUUUAUGGCGCCGUCUGCAAGGGGCCGUGGUGCGUUGGUGGAAAUUCAUGCAAGUUAUAGCGUUGCUAUCGAGGAGCGCGAGAACGAUGAUGAUGAGGAGGAAAUCGAGGACAAGGAGAACGCGGAGUCGGGCAUACCAACCGGCGCCUUUUACACAGAAAGGCCGCCAGGGUCAAACGAGGACGAUCCAUUCGGGUUCCUCGCAGCAGAGAGAAAGCUGAAGGCGCUGCGCGGAUUCAAUGCGAAAGGCAAAGGGAAGGCGCCUGUGGUGCCUCUUCGCGCGCCGCUUGGGACGCUUGCCACUGCAUUGCCUUCUCCGUCACCCUCUAUAGCAAGUUCAGACUCCGUGCAGGUUCCCGAGCCUGAGCCCGAUGCUCAGCGGUGGCUCUACCACAAUUCCGAUAUCGACGAUCUGUAUAUCGACAGUCCUCGUCCCAAUCGAGCUGGGCCGUCCAGACAGGCUACGCGUGACAGUCCUGAAGAAGAGCAAGAAGUGGAGGAUAUGGAUGAAAACCGAGUGCAAGAGCGAGCAGAAAGGUCACCUGAGGAACCAGAGGAGGAAUACGAUGAGGAGUACGAAGACAAGGAGAACGUCGCUUCGGUGCCAUUCCCAUACCCCACUGGAGAUGUCACCCCGACGCCCAUACGCAAGCCGCCUCCUACACCGCACAAGCCCAAGACCGCACAUAAGCGCUCGCCGCUGCCGUCUCCCGGCUUUGAGUCCUCGAGCUCCAAUGUCGGCGAGCCGUCGCCUACUACGGUGGCUCUGCGCGCUCGCUCCAGGAGCAGGAGCCCUGAGAGCGAUCGUCAUCUGUCACUUUCUCCUAGUGCGGCGGCGUCUGCGAGGCGUACGAGCGCGCGGAUGGCUCAUGAGAGGGCUUUGCGGCCUUCUUUGGACGCUGUGCCGCCCGCUUUAGACGUGCAUGAGCAGAGCGACAAGGAGGACAGUGAGGAUGAUCAGGAGAGCGUGCUGGCUGAGCGGAUAAAGGAGCACGAGCGCACCCGGAAGAGGCCUCGUGGAAAGAAGGAGGAGGAGGAGGAUCCCAUGGCUGUGGCACGGAAUCUGGAGAGACUGCUUCCGAAACGAUCCGCCAAACGCGUCGCUCGUAGUGCGACUGGAUCUGCGCCUGCUCGUGGACGUGGCCGUGGGCGCGGGCGCGGUCAGGGACGUGGACGUGGCAGGGUUGCGAGUAAAGUGCAGGCUACAAAGGAGGAGAGCGAGGGAGAGGGAGAGAAUAGCAGCGAAGGCGAGGAUAGCUCGCCUCCCAAGAGGACAACUCGCGCUUCAACUAGGGGUCAAGGUGCGACCCGCACAAGAGGACGUGGGCGUGGGCGAGGGCGUGGACGCGGAGUUGCAUCCGCAUCCGCUGCAGCCGAAAGCAGUCGCACAAGUACACGGGUAACUCGCUCCGCUGCGGCCAAGAAGCAGGACACGAAGGGCAAGAAACGAGCGAGGGAUCAUGACGACGACGACGUUGACACGGACGAGCGCGAGGAGCGUACCCGUGCUAGAGAAGCUCGCAUUGAUUAUUUCCGCGAGCUCGACGAGGAUUAUAGCUUGGAAAAGGAGGACGUUUUCUUGAUUUGAGCAUGCUUUCGGCGCGUCGGUGUGUACGAAUACUUCAACAUGAUACUCUCCUUUCCUUCUUUUCCGUGAUCUCCCCUCCCCGCCCAAUUUGCGUUACUGAUGAGUACUAUGUUUGAGACAACUAUGAAUUCACGACCGACUAUGUAACUGUGACCAAAUAGCCCGUGUAUGAUAACACAUGACACUGAUAAUAUUCCAUCUGUCGAUAACUGAGC